GAGUUCAGAUUGAACGUUUUAUUCAAUUUCCUGCAAAUACGCGCAGGUCGUUAAAGUAAUCUAAACUUCCGAAAAAUGACGGGAAUAUACGAUGUUGUACUCAGGCUCGACUUUUUCUCACGUUAUUGGAGGAAAAGCAGGAAAGUGGAGUUGAGAUAAUAAGGUGUAGAGCUGGAUGAACACAGCAGGCCAAGCUAUUUAUCCGAGCAGUGGUGAUCUCAUUGAAUGGCUGAGCGGACUCCAUAUGGUGAAUGGCAGCUCCUGAGGACAGUUGUGUUUUUCGUUACCAGUGAAACUCACCGCAUUACAAAGUCGGGGCCAUUGAACUGAAACAGUGACGACAUUUUCAACACACAAGAAAUGGAUUCUUUACCUGAGGAUAUGACGAUGCGCACCCUAAUUAAAGGCAUGAUUGCCGAAGAGGUUCCACAGAGCAUAGUGCGUCCAGGGACACACAGGCUACGGAAAAAAACAAGUACUCCCAAAAAACUCAUUGAUGUUCCUAUGCAACAGUCUCCAAGUAUGGUUCUCCGCAGUCAAAUGAAAGCAAAAGUUAAAAGUUCUCAGCUAGCUGUUGCUGCUGUGGCUGCGGAAUCAUCUAAAAAACAAACAACUGGAAAGAAUUCUGUAGGACUGAAGAAAGUGAAGACUGUCAGAGCAAUCUCUCAGGAGGCUUUAGACGAUUACACACCAAGAAGUCUUCUAAAGAAAUUCAUGCAAACUGAGCCGGAAUCUUCCCUGAUUAAGGUAGUGAAUCCUGGAAAGGAAAAGUCAGUGCAAAAGAAAUCUCAACCCAAGACAAAGUUGUCAUCUGGCAGUUUGUCUGCAGAAGAUACCACAGAGCAAAAUUUGCUUGUAGACUGUAAAAUUCGAAAACAGGAGAUAAGUGUUUCGGUGUUCGAGAAGGCAACACAAAAGAGACUCCAACAAACAGCAGAAACCGAACAAUGUGACAAGAGCUCAAGACUUCCAGACAUCUCAACAAUGGUUAGUUUAAUUAAUCCUGACUUUGAAGAAUCCACAACAAAACCCAUGCUUUGUAGAAGACCAAAAAAACGCAAAAUUAUAAAUGAGGAUGAUUUUGAAGAGGGCGUGCAUAAUUAUCUCGAACAAGGAAAAGAAUUAGGAGAAAUUGAAAGAACUGAGCCAUUUGAAAAGACUUCAGGACUGACAGACAUUUCACGUAUAGUUGGAUCAAUUAAUUUUGACACUGAUGAGUCUGUGUCAAAACCAGUUUUGAGCAGAAGACCGAGAAGAGACAAACUCAUCAGUGAGGAUGACUUUGAAGAAGGAGUACUUUUCUACUUGCAACAAGCUAAAGAGAAACCAGUCUCGGGAGCGCAGGACACAUCAAGUGACAGUGCAGAGAAAGAGAAAUCAAGUGCACACACACUGCACGAUGAAUUUGCUGCUACUGAACUGUACACUUCACCCUGGCCAGCAAAAAGUAGUGGGAUGAAGGCUGUUGCAGUUGAGACUGAAGAGAUGAAAAGUGCAUUUCAUUUGAAAUCAGGGCUUGAACUGGAAAAAGAAACUGAAUUAUCAGUGAGAGUUGAAGACAAACUGAUAAAGGUGGCCAAUGCAGGAAGAGCCAGCUCUCUCAAUCUCUUCAAAGAAAAUAAUUUAUCAGAUAAUGAUCACCAAAUAGCAUAUACAUCAGGGAAAUGCAUUGAAGAUCUUGCUACGGGUGAAGAAUCAACGGAUCACGGUAUCCAGAUACAAGGAGGUGCUAAGGAGAACCAAUUUGAGCCCGGAGGAUCAGGAUCAGCAAUUGGCUCUCGGGAGAUGAAAACAACAAAUCUAGAAGAAGAAGCAGCACGUGAUGAUGAAUAUCGAGCAGCCUAUAAUGAAUUCAAGAUGGUCAGGGAUGCUGGACAGAACUUAGCAAUGUCAGUUGAACAGGAGUCAGCCAUAUCACGGCAGUCUGAAGGAAUGGCUAACCAUGAAGGGAUGUUAGUUGAUGAAGUGGGUGAUAAAACGGAAAGUAAUAAAUUGGAAGCUGAAACCACAAAAAGUGAGGGAGUGAAGGAUGAUGAAAAAAUGGAGGGCGAUGCGGUGGACGACGCGCCAGUGGAGGGCGAUGCGGUGGACGACGCGCCAGUGGAGGGCGAGGCGGUGGACGACGCGCCAGUGGAGGGCGAGGCGGUGGACGACGCGCCAGUGGAGGGCGAGGCGGUGGACGACGCGCCAGUGGAGGGCGAGGCGGUGGACGACGCGCCAGUGGAGGGCGAUGCGCUGUACGACGCGCCAGUGGAGGGCGAUGCGGUGGAUGAUUAUGAUGAAAAAGAAUCUGAUGAAUUGCUCAACAGAGAAGAGUUGACAGACAACAGUGAAUCUGAAGAAGAUGACAGUAAAGUGAGACUGGCUUUCCAGCAGAGUGACCAAGGAUUCAGAUCCUCUCCAUUACUGACCACACCGCACUUUCUCAAGAUAUUGGGUAGCAACAGAGCACAAAAACCGCUUGUAAAGGUAAAGCAGAAUUCAAAGAAAACAACUAAAGCACAAAAGAAAACCAUUUUGCCAAGCAGCUUUGUAAAGUCUGUGUUUACUCACUAUGCCAAAAUGAGAGUGAAGAAGGAAACAUUUGCCGUAGUUGAACAAUGCUUGGAGUUGUAUUUCAAACAGCUUUGCGAUGAUAUUGAUGUUUAUAGCAAACAUGCUAAAAGAAGAACUAUUGAAAAAGAAGACUUGGAACUUCUAAUGAAAAGGCAAGGAUUUGUGACUGCAAAGAUGCCCUUGAAUGUACUGAUAGAACGCCACCUAUCUAUGGAAUGCAGAGAAAAACUAAUUCCAAUGGCUGUCAGCGGGAGUAAGAUAAUUCCUAAGAAGUAACAACCAUAAAUGACAAGAUGUAAAAGCUCAACACUCAGAUGGAAACCUCGCUAAGAGAUUCCGAACACGCUUUCUCGUCAAAAUAGAAGUAUUUGAUACUCGCACUUUGGCAUUAAAUGCCAAUGUGUACUCCUAGGAUAGAUAUUUUGCAAUGAUCUACAAAGUAAUCUCCUCAUUAAAUCAGCCAAAUAACAUGUAUUAACCUCAACUCCAUACUUCACCUACCUAAGUUUCCCUGAUUUGAGAUGUGCACAACUUCACAUAAAACUGGCAAAUUGUGUUCAGGACUUAUAUUUACCAGGAAGCAGGUCUAGACUAUCCGUACAAACUUAAAACGUGGAGAAACAUAGGUCUGAUGUUGAAAGGAAAGCAUAUUUUAAUUUAAAGAUGUUGAUGUACAUGUAACAUGCAGCACAAGCAAUUUUCUCAUUAAUGCUUUGUAUUAACAUAUUACUUUCUUAUAAUAAACACAGAUAGGUACUAUCUUAAAUUAGAAAAUCUUCACUGCUAGAUUUUGGUUUGCCAUCGGCAUGCCUUCCAUGAAUAAAAUUUGAGAACUUUUACAAAGAAUGUUGUACAUUUUAUAUAAAAAACAUUGUAUAAUUAGUUAAGGAAAGUGUGCACCUGUUUCACUAAAAUUUUAAAUCACAAUUGAGUUAACCCUUCUACUAGAGAGUAAUAUUUGAUUUCCCAUUACUCGUGUUGAACCCAAUAACUGUUCAAGUUUGCUAGAACUUCCUCUGUAACCUCAAAUAGUAAACCAAGAAAAUUAGGUACAUUCAACUAAGCAGAAUUUAACUUCUUUGAAGUAUGGAAAAUGACUGUCAUUUGUGAUUUCCCUGAAACAUCCAUUGUAUUUCCUUAUUCUUAGUGUGCACUCUAAUAACUUGUACAUCUGAUCAAACUCUUGUUUGAAAUAUUCCAUACAUGCUUAAAAAUGUCUUUUUAUUAUAAGAUUAAUGAUUCUGUGAAAUGCACAAUAAAGAUGUCAACCU